AUGUCAUCUAUACAAAAUAAGAAAUGUGGUAAAUGUGAAAAAACUGUUUAUCCAACUGAAGAAAUCAAAUGUCUAGACAAAUUUUGGCAUAAAGGAUGCUUGAAGUGUACAGUAUGUGGAAUGACCCUUAAUGUCAAAAAUGUCAAAGGUUACGAAAAAAUGCCUUAUUGUCAUGUACAUUAUCCGCAACCAAAACCAACAGUUGUUGUUGACAAUCCAGAAAUGCAACGUAUUCGAUUAUUAACAGAUAUUCAAAGCAACGCGAAAUAUCAUGAAGAUUUCAAUAAAAGUAAAGGAAAAUUCACAGUAGUAGCUGAUGAUCCAGCUUUAACGCUAGCCAAAGAACAUCAACGUAUUGCUAGUCAUGCUGAAUAUACUGGUAAACGAAAGGAUAGUUCAUCACAAAUACUUUCUCAUGAUAAUAACCAAUAUAAUAAUGGUUCUAAUCGAGGAUAUACAUUAUCGGAACCAAGAGUAGGUCGUGUUGCGGACUAUGAUCCUUUAAAUGAUAAUCGUGGUUCAUUAUCACGUGGCUAUGAGCCAACAUCAAAAGCUAUGCAAACGACUAAAUUUGAGAUAAAUCCAUUGCAUAGGCACAAAUCUGACAAGAAUGAAAAUGGAAAUAAUAUUCAUCAUGUUUCAGUAGACUCACAUGAUGAUGAACAAGCAACAUUAAUGAAAGUUCGUGCACUUUAUUCUUACACAUCUGCUGAGUCUGAUGAAAUCAGUUUUACUGAAGGUGAUACAAUUAUUGAUUGUGAACAUAUUGAUGCUGGUUGGAUGUUGGGACGUCAUCCAGUGACAGGCAAACAAGGUUUACUUCCAUCAAAUUAUGUUGAAAUAAUUGGUUGA